CGCGCGCAGGUCGGAGUUGCCGAGUCGGGAGGGAGGGAAGAGUAACUUAGGAGGAGUCCCCGGGGAGUGAGGGGCUACUUGUCUCGGCGGUUCGUUUUCCUACCUCUUGCGGCUGCGCCGGCCUUGUCCUUAAGGCGGCGCAAUUUGGAGCUCCCCUCGCGGAGGUAGGCUCCAUACCGUUUUAAAAGCAGGUAGGGGACGGGAAGGGCUGGUGCGGGCGAUGGGAAAGACGCUGCUCUGGGCGGCUCUGCGCCUCCUCAUCUUUCUCCAGCGCCCUCUGGGAGCGGAGAGAGCGACCCUCGAGGGGUCAAGCUGCUGCUGAACUUGGAAGCCGGGUGGUCCUCUCCCGCCGUUCCCCCCGAGGUGGAAGCGUCGCUCGCUGGCUCGCCGCUCUGCCCCUUUCUUGCCUCCUGAACCUACUUCGAGCCGAGCCGCUCUUGGAGCCGGGCCAAACGGCGCCGUCGAAAGCAGCAACCUCACUGACCCAGCAGUGGGCUUUGGACUCUCCAGCAACAGCCGAGCGGGCGGGGGACCCUUCGAUCAUUCAGUGCUGGAGGAGUCCCGAGAGCUCCCUUCCUAUGGAGGGGGAGGAAGCGCGGCGAGCACAGCAGGAAAAGCAGAGAAGCAGCGUCCACAGAGUGGAUCCAUAUGGUUUUGAAAGACCAGCAGACUUUGACUAUGCAACAUAUGAAGAAUUCUUUUCUAGAUACUUAGUGAUACUCACUAGAAGAGCAAUUAAGUGGUCCAAACUACUAAAGGGAAAUACUAGGAUACAGAAAAACUUAAAAGUUAAACGCUAUAUCAGAAAAGGUAUUCCAAAUGAGCACCGUGCCGAGGUCUGGAUGGUAGUGAGCGGUGCUCGGUCUCAUAUGGAUCAUAACCCCGGCUAUUACCAGAAAUUAUUGGAAGGAGACCAAAACAGCAAACUUGUGGAAACAAUUCUGACAGACAUCAAUAGGACAUUUCCAGAUAAUAUAAAGUUCCGCAAAACUGCUGUUCCCUGUUUACAGAAAACACUCUACAAUGUAUUAGUAGCAUAUGGGCACCAUAAUCCAUCUGUGGGAUACUGCCAGGGCAUGAAUUUCAUAGCUGGAUACCUGAUUCUUAUUACAAGGAACGAAGAGGAAUCAUUUUGGUUAUUAGAUGCUCUCAUCGGCCGAAUAUUACCUGAUUACUAUAGUCCAGAAAUGAUGGGUCUGAAAACAGAUCAAGAAGUUCUUGGACACCUUGUGAAGAUGAAGAUUCCAGCUGUGGCAGAAUUAAUGGAAAAGCAUGGCAACUUGUGGACUUUGGUGGUGUCCCGUUGGUUUAUAUGUUUGUUCAUUGACAUUCUUCCAGUAGAGACUGUACUCCGAAUUUGGGACUGUUUGUUCUAUGAAGGAUCAAAAAUAAUAUUUCGUGUGGCCUUAACAUUAAUUAAGCAACACCAAGAUUUCAUUUUGGAAGCUACAAAUUUCCCCGAAAUAUGUGAAAAAUUUAAGCAGAUUACUACAGGACCAUUUGUAACAGAGUGUCAUCUUUUCAUGCAGAAAAUAUUUACAGAACCUGGAAGUCUGCGAAUGGCUACAAUAAACAAACUACGAGAUACGUGUAGAGCAAAUCUGAUUGCUCCAAUAUAAAUGAACAUUCCUUCACUUGCUCAGAUAAGCGAUUUUCUCAGGCUGCCAUUGACACUUCACUAAUUAGCCCGAGUCUUUCAUGUGUCCAGUGGGAUUUUUUUUAAAAAAAGCACAAACACCUUAAUUAUUAUGUAAAUAAAAUGUAAUCUAUGUAGAUGCAACCCCUUUUCAACAAAUGGACUAUAUAUUUUCAGACAUUUUUGUAAUAACAAAAUACAAAACUAAUAAAAGUAUAUUUGAAACUAUCCUUUUUUGAAUUGUAACCAUGUUAAGAUUCUGGACUUUAAGUAGAGAUCUUUGUUCAUGAAACUAAUGCUCCACUUAAUCUCAAGGUUGUUUGUUUUUUAAGAAUAACGUAUCUACCCUUUUCUCUUGUCUGGCUUUGCUAAAUGAGAUUAAUAUUUUUAUUUAUAUGAACACACACACACACAUAUAUAUACACACUUUGAAUUUAAAGCAGAAUGAAGCAUUCUGGAUAGGGAGCUAUGGUAGAAUCAAAAACACCAGGAGUUACACCCUACAGCAAAUGUAGAAAACAAGCGCUUUAUGACAUUUAAUUCUUUCUACUUUACUGCACACAAAUGUAGUGAGCAGACGUGCUUCAUGAGAAGUUCUCUUGAAUAACCUGCUUCAUCCCAGAAUUGUCUGUUGCCCAAGAGCUGGAGUGUCCUAUGUACUCCCAUAUCUUGCUAAUGGGCAAGUUGUUCUAUCAAUGAAUGCCAAGUCUUUUUUCUUAAUAGUAAUCUACUAUGUAACAUCUUAAAUCAGUUUGCUGUUGCAUCGUAGGAAAUCCCUGUGGAUGGAUCUACAGCAAACACAAGAGCUCAGAUCAAAGUGUGACAGGGAAAUUCCACACAGAUCCACUUGUUUAAUGGUAACCCUACCCCCACCCCCCAAGAAAAAACUAUGUAAGGACUGAAAGAAGAUUGUUUAAAAUAUAAAAUAUGAAUUAAUAUUUUUAGGCUUCUAGUUUACAACAAUAUGAGGUAAUAAAUUUACCCUCCAAACAAGCUUCAUCUACUUCAAAAUCAAAGCAGCCUUAUAAUUGCUUAAAAGAACACUGAGAACAUACAGAAAAGUGUUUAUUAGCAUUGUUACAGGCAAUGCAUUCAUAACUGAUCCUUGCAGUGUACAGUCCCAGCCAGAGUCAAAGCAAGAAUUAGCAGAUUGAAAUCUAUUGUACACAUGUGCAGAAACAGGAUCUCCUGUGAACUUCCAACAAAAGAGACUGAAAUUCACUUUACCAAAAAUAAAGUAACACCCAUUUUCAUGUAAAAAAGGGCCAGCUCCUACUAUGCUGACAGACCAAAAAUAUAUUAAGAGUUAGCCACAUUUUAUUUUCACACUUUGCAUAUACCAAGCUUAGCAUUUAAAGAUUAAUGAUAUACACCUAGGUAGAGGCAAAGUGGGAA